AUGGCCGAAGACACCCUCGCGUUCAGCGAGGAGGAUCUCGACACCAUGACAGAACUGCACAAUGACGCGUUGGUGAUCUCAUUUCUUUUAAACAAUACUAGGAUCAAAUGUGUGCUCAUAGACCCAGGCAGCUCGACCAACAUAAUCAGAUCAGAGGUAGUAGGACAGCUGGGGCUACUCGAUCGAGUCACACCUAUCUCCCGGGUUCUCCACGGCUUCAACAUGACCGACGAAGUAACAAAAGGAGAGAUCACCCUCCCGGUCGACACGUCUGGUGCGGUUCGGAACACCGAGUUCCAAGUCAUCGAUGGUGACAUGAGGUACAAUGCAUUGCAUGGCAGGCCUUGGAUACACAGCAUGAGGGCAGUUCCGUCAACCCUACACCAGGUGAUAAAAUUCCCCACAAAGGACGGCUAA